AAAGAUGGAGGAAGCCAUUUCUUGGCUCUGAAGUUCUCUGUAUCACUCUCUUCCAACGUUGGAAAGCCUCACCGUCCGUAUAUGGGGAGGGUUAAGUUGAAGAUAAAGAGAUUAGAGAGCACGAGCAACCGGCAAGUGACCUAUUCAAAAAGAAGGAAUGGCAUCUUGAAGAAAGCCAAAGAAUUAUCGAUUUUAUGCGAUAUCGACCUUAUCCUUCUAAUGUUUUCUCCAACGGGAAAGCCAACAUUAUUCCGUGGAGAGCGCAGCAAUAUUGAAGAGGUUAUUGCAAAAUUUGCUCAACUGACGCCACAAGAAAGGACAAAAAGGAAGUUGGAGAGCCUUGAAGCAUUGAAGAAAACCUUUAAGAAGUUGGAUCAUGAUGUAAAUAUACAAGACUUUCUGGGGUCGAGCUCUCAAUCAGUUGAGGAAUUAUCCAACCAAGUAAGGAUGUUGCAAGCUCAACUUACAGAAAUGCAUAAGAGACUGAGCUGUUGGAGUAAUCCUGACAAGAUUGACAACAUUGAACAUCUUAGGCAGAUGGAAGACUCACUAAGGGAAUCACUUAACCGAAUUCAAAUUCAAAAGGAAAAUUUUGCAAAGCACCCUCUUAUGUCACUGGAAUGCACUAGCCAGUUCCAGAAUGGGAUGCAUUUGCCUUUGAUGAUGGGUGGUAUGCAAGAAGCCCCACUAUCGUGGCUUCCCGAUAAUGAGAAUCAACAUAUGCUAUUAACAGGGGACCCAAACUUUUUACCUCAAAGAGAUGUGGAGUGCUCCACUGAUCAUUCCCUUCCAACGUACUCUGGUUACUUCGGUCCUGGCAAAGCGGAGAUUGAGAAUACUAGACACGUCGAUAACCCACGACAGGAAGGUGGUGCCUUGCAUGGGUUAGAUAGCACUGCAUGCUUGAGACUACAACUCAAUGAGCAAUAUUCAUACCAUCCGUAUAGUGGUCUAGAUUUACAGGAAGCAAAGAAAUUGAGGCCCGAGACAGAGAUGAACUUGCAUGGAAAUCCCUUGGAUUAUCAAAUCAAUAGCAAUUUUCAACUUUCUAGACCUAUCUAUGACAACAUGCAUCAUGCUUGGGUUCCUCCGCCUGAACCUUGUUCCAUUUCCAUGUUCAAUGGCAACUCAUACUCACAGCAACCACAUUAACUUUCACACAUAUUGCCGUUCAUCAUGUCGCUGAGAACGGUAGCUGCAAGACACAAAUCGCUACAAGCAAACAGUUUUGCUUCGACUGGAUAGUUACUGAUGCCUAGUUUCGUUUCGCAUUACUACGAGACGAAGAGCAGACUCAUUUUUGCAUUACCAUAUGAAAGUUAACAACAUAACAGCAGAUUUUGAGCAAUUCUCAUUUGGUUUGUAACUAAACAAAUUGUUAGCUGUAUAUUAUAUAAGGUAUAUAUAUAUCAUACAGGAUUGUAGGUUGUCCAUGAAUUUAGUUUUCUGAUCUCUUUUUCUCAAGAAAGUUUCUUGUAAUGGGCAGGGGACUCCUAUUAGCAGGUUUUGGUUGCCCAUCUGUAAAUCAAACUCUUUUUUAAUAGAAUCCAAUUUCAAAUCA